AUGCCUGACCCCUUCCUCUGCAGCGACAUUCUGGCGGCCACCUUUGUUUUUUCUUUUCUUUCGGUCAAAGAAUGUUGUAAUAAGCACCCUAAUGCUCGAAGCUCCCGCCUCCUGUCCCUCGGGUUAGUUCUCAAUACUUGCUACACAGCUGUAGCCUUUAUCUUAUCCUUCUUUAGCACUAGUUCUCGACUUUUGAUUUACAUUAUGAAUUGUGCUGAGUUCGACGCCGCGGACGAGAGGGUGUUCUCUUGGUACGACGCCUCAUCUGAUUCUGCCAUAGCAUCCUUUCGGCGCGACAGGUUGCAGCUCCUGAAAAACCUGAAGGCCCAAUGCGUUCGCAAGAAUAAAGAGUUCUGGGCCUCGGCUGCGCAUCAUGUUCGUGCGAUAUCGGGGCAUAUCGACACGGCCCUUAUUGAUGAGUUGACGAAGCGGCUAGGCUUAAGCGACAUUCAUUUGGGGCGCGAUAUCCGAGAAGGUUUCCCCAUCAGAGGGCCGCUCCCUCGGACUGGUAACUGGCCCGCCAUCGUGCCAGGCCCUCAAAAUGACCCUCCAGAAGAGGGAGAUACGCCUUGCGCCUUCCGACGCACGAGACCAUCUUGGAUGGGCAAUAAGUUGAUCCAUGCAACGAAGGAAAACAUUGAGAAAGAGUUGGAGAAGAAGUGGCUGCAUCGUCUACACAGAGACGAGGUGCGUAGAAUAGUCAAUGACGAAGGGGGAGCAGUGGCAUACUGCCACUCGAUUGAACAGGGUGAAAAAAUUCGAACGGUCAUGCAUUUCAGGGAUGUUAACGACGCAACCACGAUGACCGAGAAACUCUCAUUGCCGAGCCCUUUGACUUUUGUCAGAGCUCUUGGGCGUCUUUCAGCGGGGUCCCAUCUUUUCAUCCCUGCCUUCGGGAGAAUGGAGGCGGAGCAAGCUCUCCGAGAUUGCUCCGCAGAUGAAGAAGCCGCGCCUCCAGCCACGAAAGCCUUCAAAGGGGUAACACAGAGCACCGACGAAGGACGACUGAGUGCUCAAGUUUCACGUAUUGCAGGGGCACCUGGGACGCCGAUAUCGGCCGGGCCAGAUGAACAUAGGCCCCAUGUUCACUGUGGUAUAAUCGGGGUCGACGCUGAAUCUGCAUACAAGCAGACUGCCAUUAAGUCGGAGCACUUGAAAUUUAAUAUCAUUGGGUCUUGGGAUGAAGCUGAGGGCGAUUGGGUCUAUCACCGCUGUUAUUAUAGUGCCUUCGGCGCUGUUGCUUCCGUGUUCAAUUGGUGCAGGGUUUCCUUUUUCAUAAUGGAGGUAUUUCGGAAGUUUUUCUUCUUGUUCUGUCGUGUCUACAUCGACGAUUUUUCCUUAGUUGAAAGGUUAUCUUUAAUUCAUGCCUCACAGUCCCUCGUUGAGGAAGUGUGUAAACUGAUAGGCAUAAGGAUAGCUUCCCACAAGACUCUCGCUGGGUCUUGUCUCCGAAUUCUCGGAGUUGAGUUCUCCACCACUGUUGAUUGCGUCUCGCUUGACAUCCGUCUCGCCAAAAGGCAAAGAUUGGCGGACUUAAUUUCUGACUUUAUCGCUUCAAUUAAAGCAGGCGCUGCCAUUACGGUAAAAGACUUUCAGAAGAUGUUAGGUUUAUACAAUUUUCUCGUGGUAGCUUUACGUCUGGGGGCGGUGCGGGGUCUCCUCUCCCCUUGUUAUGCAGCUUUGGGGAAGGCCCUCGGGGAGCCAGGUCGCCCGCUCGGGGGUUCCCUUACUGUGUCUGCGUCUAGACAGUUAAUUCCUACGCUUUUGACGCUACGAGAUAUUGUUCUCACGCAGGCGCCUACUGUUUUCUCCUUCCGUUCCUUAUCUAUUCAUUAUUUAUUCUGUGACGCCUCGCUAUCUCUUCUGGGAUUCGCGGCGCUUGUGCGCAAGCAACUCUUUUGGGCGCGAUUUGAAUCGUCGCCUUUGCUGGAUAAUUUUUUCGAGAGUUAUCGCUCACAAGUUAUUCACAUGCGAGAGAUGGUCGCGGUGUAUUACGCGCUCCUUUCUCUUUCUCCAAUAAUCAGGGGAUCCACUGUGGUUCUUUUCUUGGACUCUCAAGUUGCUCUUUUUUCUUUGUUAAAAGGGACGUCGAAAGAUAUUGUCUUACGUAUUUUAGCACAGCAGAUUCAUUUGUUCUGUGCUCGGCUGGACAUUCGUUUGGUUUUGAGAUAUAUCCGCUCUGCUGAGAACCCCGCAGACGCUCCUACACGUUUUCCACAUGGAGACUGUGUUCGGGCUUUCGGGGCCGAUGCUACGGAAGUAAGGGUCGCCUCGUCCAGCGUAGACAUCCAGAGUCUCCAUGCACUUCUGAAUUUUUCUGUCCGUGGGCCUCGCUCUUCGGGGUCUUAGUUGGGCGGUGGUGCUAGACACUAAGAUAGGGGGCGGUGGUCCUAGACACUAAGAUAGGCUUCGAGGUCUUUUGUUGGGGCUAAGAUCUUACUGUGUGCAGAAAUUAGAAGCCCUUCUAGUACAAGGCCAUCCUACGACGGCCCCUGAGCCGAAUGAUGAAGUGAGUGCGU